AUGGAAAUUGCACUUGGAAUACGUGUUAAGGAUGGAGUGAUUCUUGCCACAUCUAAGGCAUUCACUCGAGGAAUCUCUGUGUUGAAGGCCACAGAUGAUAAAACCCGAAUGCUCAAUGAUUAUAAUGUGCUUGCCUUCACCGGCGAAUCCGGUGAUACAACACAGUUUGCAGAAUAUAUACAGGCAAAUAUUCAGUUAUAUACUAUGAGAGAGGGUUCGGAGCUUAAUUCCAAAGCCAUUGCCUCCUAUAUAAGGCACGAAUUGGCCAAAUCACUCAGAACUAGGAAGCCUUACCAGGUGAAUGUGAUGUUGGCAGGACUAGACAAAGGUGAAGAGCCUUUCCUUUCAAUGAUAGAUUAUAUGGGAACUCGUGUGGAUUUGCCUUAUGCUGCUCAUGGUUAUGCUGCCUUCUAUACCAUGUCUCUAUUGGAUCGUCAUUAUAAACCUGAUAUGAAUGUGCAAGACGGUAUGAAGUUGUUAGACAUGUGCGAAGCGGAGCUUGCAAAAAGAUUUCCAGUUGAAUUCAAGGGGUUGUUGGUGAAGGUUGUUGAUAAGAAGGGUAUUAGAAAUGUGAGAGGUGAUACCAAAGUUGAUGAUCCAGAGCAAUAG